CCAUUGUUGGGUAUAAAACGACGUGAACUCACGGCUUGGAGUCAGUUUCCACCCUCACACGGAACUAUCAUGAUCAGGACAGGAUUGUUUGUCGUUUUGUUUGCUUUUGUGCAGGUGAAGGUUCUAUGCCAAGAGCCGCCCCCACAAUGCAGGGGACCACCUCCAGUCAGGGUGGCGCCGCACACCUGCUGCAAGAUGCCCCAGAUCUUCAAGGACGAAGACUUCGCGUCGUGCGGCUUCGAGCGGCGCGGGGAGGGCCCCCCGGCCCCCCCGGCGGGCCCCCCGGCUGGCGGGCCCCCGGCCAGACCUCCGCGUCCUGAUUGCACCAAAGAGGUCUGCAUGUUAAAAAAGAACAACCUAAUGAAGGACGACGAGACCAUAGACUUCGAGGCGGUGGCCGCGUUCAUUGACCAGCUUGUCGACGAAAACCCCGAGUUCAAGGACGCCGCGGAGAAGGCCAAGGAGAACUGUGCCAAGGAGGAGCUCCCCGGACCCCCCUUCAUCUGUCUCCCGCAACGCAUGCUGCACUGCAUCAGCACUACUCUGUUGACUUUUUUUUUCCAGAACUGUCCGAAAUGGGAGGAAGAAGUCGAAGGCUGCUCCGCCCUCAAGACUCAUUUUGAAGAAUGCAAGCCCUUCUUCAACCAGUAAUGAUUGAUAUUUUGUACCAAAGACUAUUGUUUUCGUUGAUUUUUACCAGGAGUACAUGAUGUAAAUAUA